UCUUAUCGAAUGCGCUGUCGCGGGUGGCCUAUAAAAGUAGAGGAAUUGCCGGCAAUCGAGCAAAGAGUUAAGUGCCAGCAACAUGUCCGGAAUCCCGCCAGCCACCUUCACCGUAAUCGCUGGCAGUGCAGCCCACAAUCAGCGUAAAAAGAAUCAGAAUCGCAAUCAGAAUCAGAAUCAGCCAAAGAAUUCGACAAGUAAGCAUAUGCGGAAAUCACAUUCGAUCAAACAUAAGCUCUUAACAAUUUUCUAGAGACCCAAACAGAGACAGCGGGGUCGAAGACAAAUAGUUGCCACAUUGCUUAGAUAUAGUAACUAUCUUAUCUGUGUACCAAGGAUUUAAAGCAUGAAAAUACAUUUCCCAUGACAUAAACAUCGUGUAUAAAUGGGCCGAACAAAGCAUUUGGGUUUUCAGUUAAUGGCCAAAACGAAAACGACACGGAAUAUAUACCUAUAAUCAGACAGCGACAAUAUGAAAACGACCAUUGUUGAGGAGCGAAGUGUUAACGAAACGAUAGAAACGAUAGCCACGAGUAGUGGCACCAUCCAAGAGACCAUCGAGAUAGUGAAUAUCGAUGGUUCGCCAGCACCUAAGCAGCGGCAUCAUCAUCAUCACCAUCACAGGCACCAUCAUCAUCAUGAAAGACAGGAGAAUGUUGAAGUCGUGGAGGAAGUAAUUCUUGUGGAGAAUGAACCGAAGGCUAGGAAGCAUCAUAACCAUCACAAGCAGCGAACUUCACCACCACCACCUCUACCCCAGACCUCCCCUCCAUUCCUUACACCCACCGAAGAAGUGGGUUUCAAUGUGGUUUGGGAACCGCAGGCCUUUUGGAACCAGCCCUCGCCCAAUCCCUCCACAGAUCUAGAUCUUUCACCAGAGAAGGAUGUGGAAGAGAUUUUGGAUACUACAUCAGCCUCAGAUGAGUUCACCACUGUGGUUUGGGAAACUGAGACCAAGGAAUCAAUUAGGGAGUCCCAAAAACACACAAGGGUUGUGGAGGAACAGAUCAUAACCGAGCAAUUGGAUCCUCCACCUUAUGCACCACCUCAACUUCAAGUCCAGACCGGAUUCUUUCCAGUUGCGCAACAGCCUCCUCUCUCUCCCAUUGCCGAGGUGGUUCAAACGGACAUCUUUGUGGAGUCAGUGGAAUCUUCUAAGCCACCAACAGGUUAUAUCCCCAGAAUCAGUCUUAACCCAACGGAAACUGUGGUGGAGAAUGUCGAGGUUGUGGUUCCAGCUCAGAUUCAGCAGGAACCGGAAUUCAUUCCGAAACCAGGAUUUGUUGCUAGACUCGUGGAGAACAUAGAAGUUGCUGCAGCUUCUGUUUCUACGCAAGCUACGCCAGCUCCAAAGGGAUAUUAUGCUCGAUCGGGGUUGGUGGACACUGUUGUGGAGGAUAUCGAAGUUAUCAGAGAAGAUCCUCCUGUUCAAGAUGUGGUAGUGGAUUCUGUUGUGGAAGAUAUAGAACCCGAUUCUCCUUUUCUCCUUCCACCCAAUGGCUUUGAUGCUGAGGAGACGAUUACGGAGAACAUAGAGGUAGUUGAUGAUUCACCAUUCCUCCUGCCAGCUAAUGGCUUCGACUCUGAGCCAGUCUGUGUGGAAACGAUUGUUGAGAAUAUAGAAGUAUUGCCACCAAAACCUAUAUUACCAAUUCCUGUACAAAAUACUGUUCCUGAAGGUUAUGUGGAAUCUGUAGUGGAAAACAUAGAAGUCGUUAAAGAAGACGAUCCUCCCUUUUUGCUGCCAGUUCAGAAUGGAUUUCUCUCUCAGACAGGCAAUGUGGAAACAAUUGUAGAGAACAUAGAAAUAACCACAGCAGUGGAUCCUCCAUUAAGACCACCAGUACAAAAUGUAAAUCCUCCCCGAUCUGGUUUUGUAGAAUCAAUUGUGGAAAGUAUAGAAGUUACAGCAGAAGUGGAUCCUCCACAGCCUGCAAUUCCAAACGGUUUACCCUCACAAACAGGCUUCGUGGAAUCGAUUGUGGAAAACAUAGAAGUCACGGAAGAAGUGGAUUCUCCUGUGGAAACUCCUGUUCAACUUAGUUUCCCACCAAGAUCAGGUUUUGUGGAAUCGAUUGUGGAAAAUAUUGAAGUCACAGGGGAAGUUGAACCUCCUUUAAGGCCACCACUACCUAUAAGUUAUCCUCCUCGUUCCGGUUUUGUAGAAUCCAUUGUGGAGAACAUAGAAGUCACAGAAGUUAGUCCUCCAUAUCAACCACCCCCACAAGUUGAUAUUCUUCCUCAAACAGGCUUUGUUGAAAGUGUGGUAGAGGAUAUCGAAAUCACAGAACCUGAAAUAACAGUGGAGGAGAUCGAAGUGCUCCGCAAUCCUCCACAGCAAUCCAUAGUGACAACCAACUAUAUGCCUCGAGCAAGUCUGGUGCAGGAACUGGUUGUGGAGUCACUGGAAGUAACACCAGCAUCUUCACCUCCACCCGAACAGUUUCCCUUCAUUUCCAGAGAGAGCCUAAUCGAAGUUGAUGAUUAUGUGGAGGUGGAAGAGGCUACUCCUUAUAACACUGCUCAGAACAGCCCCUUUGUGGAAGUGGAAAGAUUGAGCGAUGCCGAAGCUUAUGUGGAGAUUAUUGAAGUUACACCAGUUAAUACGCCACCCAGUAGUCCGUCUCUUCAGAGGCCAAUCGAAAGUGGUUUCCUACCCAGACCAAGCUUAGCAGAAACGGCUGUAAUUGUGGCCUCACUGGAGGUUACGCCCACUCCCACACCUCCGCCCAGUCCACAACUGAAACUCAUAAUACCACCAUCGAAUCCACCGCAAACGGAGGUGAUUGUGGAGUCCGUUGAUGUCACACCAGUUCCAUCCCCACCACCACCUGCCAAACCGUCGGCGAAACCACUAAAUAGCUUCAUUCUCACUGACCUGGUCAUAGAGGAUCCUCCAUUCGUAGAAGUGGUGGAAAGGGAAGUCAUUGUGGAGUCUGCCAACAAUGGAGAAGUGACUGAGGUCAUAGAAGUCACAGAGGAAAUCAUACAACCUGCCACACCCAUCGGAACUGUUCUAGUUGGUGAGGUAUCCGAGCAGAGCACCGACAAGUUUGGCAAGCGUUACUCCGUGAGUGCGGCCCUGGCCGAGGGACUGCAGCAGGAGCAGGGAACACAGGAAGCCAAGCCAGCACCACCACCAAUCCAAAAACGAGAUAUUUCUGCCAACGAACCACCAAAACGCAAAUGUUGCCACUGCAAAUGCAUAAUUUCCUAGAACCAGAGGUGAGGGGCUUUCCCCAAAGCCUGGGAAUGUAAGCUCCGUCUAUCGCAUAUCUAAUCAGCGGAAACAGAAGCCCCACCAAAAAAAAAAA